AUGGGGCGAAAAAAUAUAAUUCAAAGUACAACCAUUCUUGGAUUUCUAAUUUUAGCUAUGAAAAAAGAUGAUUUUUAUAAGGAAGCUCACCUAAGAAGGCAUCUUUAUUGGAAUGUUUUUCAAGGCGUAGCAGAAUGUGAUAUUGAUGGUUUGAAUGGAAAACUUGAAUGGUUCGGCAAUUAUGUUAGCUUCUUGGAUUCCAUGCUUCAAAUAUCAAUACUUGAAGAAACAUCUAGACACUUUUUGUUACCUUGUAAAAUUAGAAAAGUUGUUAUAGAUCCAAUCACGCAUUAUCAAGAAUGUCAAAAUGGAAGUAUCAAUGUAAAGAGAGAUCCCUACUGCAAUAUAAUAAAAACGAAAGGAAUAGAAAUUUCUGGAACAAAAUUCACGAAGAUUUCUUUGGCUAAAAAACCGCAAACGGACCUUUUACUGGAAACUUUUAAAUUCGUUCAUUUUGACUCUCCAGAAAACAAUAACUAUGAUUUUAAUACAUCUUUAAUAAUAGCUUUACAGAUCGUAAUACAAAACACACCUGGUUUGAUAAAGAAACUAACAGUAGGAGAAGUUAAACAAACACAAGAUACUAGUGAUUUAACUAAUCAAAUAACGCAGAUUCUUCGGAAUCAAGUCAUGGUUGAAUCAGAAUAUUUGGUCGUUAAAACAGAUACACUUAAUGAAAUCAAACAGAGGUUUGAAGUAAUAGUUGUAAAACAAAACAUCAUGCAAAAAGCGGAUUUUAAAAUAUUUACAAGUAUUUUAAGAGACACCGGAUUUCUUAUUUAUGUAGGAAACAUAAAUAAAGAAUGUUAUAAAAAUGUCGAUGUUAUAUUUCGAUCUUCUAAAUUAUGUCUUUUGCGUUGGAGAUAUAAAUUUCCAAGAACAUAUGACACUAUUAAUAUCAGAAUUUAUGAUUUUAAAUGGUUGGAAAAACUAAAAAAAUAUGCUCAAGGUUCAGAGAAGAGAACUGUUUUCUUAUUUAGUCAAAAUGAAGCGUAUACGGGAAUAAUUGGUCUACAAAAAUGCUUAAUGGCCGAAGGGACACAAGUAGAAUUUAAAGCAGUUUAUAUUAACAACCAAAAAGCAGACAUAUUUUCCGUAGACGAUGAAUUUUACAAAGAACAACUUUCCAAAGGUUUGGCACUAAAUGUUUUAAGAGAUGAAUGGGGGACAUUUGUUCACCUUCCUCUAGAAGAAAUUAAACCGAAACAUUUUGUUAACGCAGGUGUUAGCAUGAGAAUGGAUGGAAAUUUGUCUACAAUAAAUUGGAUUGAGAAACCGUCCAUUUUCAAAGCCCAUUCCAACUGUGAAAUAAUAAACGUUCAUUAUGCAGCUUUUAAUUUUAAAGUUCAUAAUGUAGCAACUAGCAAGAUUAUAGAUGAACAUGACAAUUUUGGAGUAGAAUACUCAGGAAUAACCAGAAGUAAUAGAAAUGUUAUGGGUUUAGUGCAAAAAGGAAGUCUAAAUUUAGAAAUAGCCAGUAAUCCAGAUUUUACAUGGAAUGUACCAACAUUUUGGAGUUUACAACAAGCAGCUACUGUUCCAUUAGCAUAUACAAUGUGUUACUAUGGUUUAAUUAUAAAAGCUGAAAUGAAGAAAAAUAACACAAUUUUAAUUCACGAUGCAAACACUGAUAUUGGAAUAGCGGCUAUCACUACAGCUCUUAGUUUAAGUGAAACAAUUUUUGCUACAGUCAGCUCAAUUAAAAAACAAACAUACUUAAGAAAAUUAUUUCCUCAAUUAGAUUUCGACAAUAUUGGUAUUGCAAGUGAAUUCUCUUUUGAAAAUAUAGUUAAAACGAAAACAAAAGGUAAAGGUGUUGAUGUGGUUCUUAACACUCUUAGUGAAGAAUAUCUGGAAGCAUCCUUAAACUGCUUAUCCGAAGGCGGCGUUUUUUUGGAAAUUGGUAAAACCAUUCAUUCAAAUACAACAUUAAUAGAUUCCGACCUAAUCUUUUCUAAACAAUGCCGUUUUCAUAGCUUAAUACUGAAUGAUAUUUUUGAGGAAACUUCUGAAGUUAGAAAGCAGAUUAACAACUUAGUAAAAACAGGUAAAGUUUAUUUAUAA